UUUACUAGAAGAGUACCGGAAGGAGAAAGCGGGUAAAAUUCGCGGUGAAUCCACCAAUUUAACAUAUCCUAUUGCUCGAUUUAGUGGUUUUGAUGUUCAUUUGGAACGCAACUUUUAUGGUGUUCGGUUACGGCCCUAUAAAAAUGUCAUCGCAGGCGCUAAAAAACCGUUGGCCACUGCUUCCGAAAUGGACACCUUGCGAGCCAUCACCAAUAUAGAGCAUAUCCAGGUUGUGUUUAUGUUCUUUCAAGGAUUGGUGGACAGCGUUGGCAUGGAAGCGAAGCUGAACGCCUGGGAAGUAGCUGUAUAUAAGUAUGCAACACAGAACUAUACUAACCAGCCGAUCAAAAUGCUUGUGCUCGGUGCUGAAAUUGUCAAUCAGGAAUUAAUCCGGGAUUCGCAACGGAUGGCACCAUAUUUUGUUGUUGGUGGUAUCCUUCUCACCCUCUGUGUCACCCUAUUGCUUAGUACCUCAGUUUCCUCCUCAUCAGUCAAGUAUCAUUUCAUCGAGCGCUUACUGAAGAGUUUUUGGAAGGAUAAUUUUAGGUUUCUUGGCAAUGUUUCUGGUUGUGGCGAUUUCAGUAUUAGGCAGUGCGCUAUUGUUUGGUGUCAUGCAUCCGGCCAAACUUCUCGUUGCAUUCGGUGUUAUCGCUUGUCCGGUGCUUGCAAUCACAGUCACGUUUGGCCUCUUCGCUUUGGCUCAGUUGCGAACGAACACCAUCAUGCUCAUCAUGCCCUUCCUCGUGAUGGGAAUCGGUCAGAAAACUUUAUUCCUAUUUGGCGCAUUUUUCUAGGCUGGCUGUGUGGCAUUCUAGCAAAUAGGUAUAACCCAAUGCUGCAGCUAAGACUAUUACCAGCUGUAGGCGUGAAUGGUGCCUUCCUGGUGAUACAUUCGUGGCUACGAUCAGUAAGCGAAUGUUCGGUUGCACAACGACUCGGUUUCGUGCUGGAAGAAGCUGGACCUUCGAUAACUAUGUCAACGCUCACCAACGUAAUCACUUUCGGUAUCGGUGCUUUGACACCAACACCUGGUAAGUAG